CGAUUUGACAUACUAUUUUAACGUCAAUCAAAAUUUUUCAGUGAGGAAAAUAAUAGUGAGGCUAAAAGCAACCAGUCUUUUGUUCCUAGAGAUAAUAAAUGAUAUCCUCGUGAUAUAAAAGUUUUUGGUUUAGCUUGAAUGUAUUAGGAAGGAUACAAAUGUGUGUAAGAUGUUGGUAUGUAUUUCCGGAGAUUGAGGAGAAGAUAUCAAACACACUUUGAUAAUUUUGAAUCUGGAGAGAUACAUAAUAUUUUGGAUUCGGCUUCAUAUUCUCAGCCUUUUGGAGAGGCAUCAGAGAUGCAUUCUAGGCAGUCAUCAACAUCAGGGGUCUUGAUGGUAGGACCAAAUUAUCGUGUUGGAAAGAAAAUAGGAAGUGGAAACUUUGGAGAAUUAAGGCUGGGCAAGAACCUUUACAAUAACGAACAUGUCGCUAUAAAGUUAGAACCCAUGAAGUCUAAGGUGCCGCAACUGCACUUGGAAUACAGAUUUUAUAAGAUUCUUGGCAAUCAUGAAGGUAUACCCAAGGUGUAUCAUCUUGGAACCUGUGGGGGAAGAUACAACGCCUUGGUACUUGAGCUCCUCGGACCCAGCUUGGAAGAUCUUUUCUCUUUAUGUAAUAGGAGAUUCAGACUGAAAACGGUUCUGAUGAUUGCUGAUCAACUGCUGACAAGAAUAGAGUACGUUCACAGUAAGAGGCUAAUUUUUCGUGAUGUCAAACCUGAGAAUUUUCUCAUUGGGAGGUCUAGAACUAAGAAGGAUAAAGUGAUUCAUAUCAUCGACUUCGGAUUGGCGAAGGAGUAUAUAGAUCCUGAUACUAACAAACAUAUGCCAUAUAGAGAACACAGAUCACUGACCGGAACAGCUCGAUACAUGAGCAUCAACAGCCAUCUUGGAAGGGAGCAGUCUAGAAGGGACGACCUGGAAUCUUUGGGACACAUGUUCCUCUACUUCCUUCGUGGUUCCCUACCCUGGCAAGGCCUCAAAUGCGACAAUCUGAAGGAAAGGUACCAGAAAAUCGGAGAGACGAAGAAGAAUACCCCCAUAGAGGUUCUAUGCGAGGGUCAUCCAGAAGAGAUCGCCAACUAUAUGAGAUACGCGAGGAGAUUGGACUUUUUCGAGACACCCGAUUACGAAUAUCUCAGGAAGAUGUUCAAGGAUCUUUUCGAGAAGAGAGGUUACUCUGAUGAUGGUAUAUUCGAUUGGACUGAUAAGUUAACUUGGUUGAACAAAGAAGAUGCUAGUCAAACGAAAGAAAAGAAGAUGUCUGCAAAUUGAAAUGGGUUCAACAUUGUGAUGAUGACACUAGGAAAAGAUUAAAUAAACCCUAGUUCAUAUUGAAACCGGGAUCAAGUUAAUUAUUUACAUUAUUGUAGAAUCAUUAUAUGGAUCACAAAUUGAGGUGAAAGUAAAUAAGAAUAUUUCUA